CCCUCCCUGCCCGCGGCCUCCCGGGCUCCGGCUGCAGCGUCAGCCUCGGACGGGCCUUUUCUGCGGCGGCGGCGGCGGCUCCUCGGCCUCAGCCCCGGGGCACCUCGGCGCCCCUCGGCCCGGGUCCGCAGCGACGCUCUCACUCACCACCCGGGCGCCCGCCUAGGCCGCGGCCGCAGCCCCGGGCUCGCGUCGGCGCCGCCCGCUCCCGGCCCGCCCCCUAUGGGCCCCGGUUAGAGGUGCCGCCGCCGCCGGCCCGCGGAGCCCCGAUGCUGGCCCGGAGGAAGCCGGUGCUGCCGGCGCUCACUAUCAACCCCGCCAUCGCCGAGGGCCCGUCCCCCACCAGCGAGGGCGCCUCCGAAGCAAACUUGGUGGACCUCCAGAAGAAGCUAGCGGAGCUAGAACUCGACGAGCAGCAGAAGAAGCGACUGGAAGCCUUCCUCACCCAGAAGGCCAAGGUCGGGGAACUCAAGGACGAUGACUUCGAACGAAUCUCGGAGCUGGGAGCCGGGAACGGUGGGGUGGUCACCAAGGUCCAGCACAGACCUUCCGGCCUCAUCAUGGCGAGAAAGCUAAUCCACCUGGAAAUCAAGCCGGCCAUCCGGAACCAGAUCAUCCGUGAGCUGCAGGUGCUGCAUGAGUGUAACUCUCCGUACAUUGUGGGCUUCUAUGGGGCCUUCUACAGCGACGGUGAGAUCAGCAUCUGCAUGGAGCACAUGGAUGGUGGCUCUCUGGAUCAGGUGUUGAAAGAAGCCAAGAGAAUUCCUGAGGAGAUCUUGGGGAAGGUCAGCAUUGCGGUUCUCCGGGGAUUGGCGUAUCUCCGGGAAAAGCACCAGAUCAUGCACCGAGACGUGAAACCUUCCAACAUCCUCGUCAACUCCCGAGGGGAGAUUAAGCUGUGCGACUUUGGGGUGAGCGGGCAGCUCAUCGACUCCAUGGCCAACUCCUUCGUGGGAACUCGGUCCUACAUGUCUCCAGAGCGGCUGCAGGGCACGCACUACUCGGUGCAGUCGGACAUCUGGAGCAUGGGCCUGUCCCUGGUGGAGCUGUCCAUCGGAAGGUACCCCAUCCCCCCGCCAGACGCCAAGGAGCUAGAGGCCAUAUUUGGCCGGCCCGUGGUGGACGGGGUAGAAGGAGAGCCUCACAGCAUCUCACCACGGCCGAGACCCCCUGGACGCCCCAUCAGCGGUCACGGGACGGACAGCCGGCCGGCCAUGGCCAUCUUCGAGCUGCUGGACUAUAUUGUGAACGAGCCACCUCCUAAGCUGCCCAGCGGCGUCUUCACGCAGGACUUCCAGGAGUUUGUAAAUAAAUGCCUAAUAAAGAACCCAGCAGAGCGAGCGGAUCUGAAGAUGCUCAUGAGCCACACCUUCAUCAAGCGGUCCGAGGUGGAAGAAGUGGAUUUUGCCGGCUGGUUGUGUAAAACGCUGCGGCUGAACCAGCCCAGCACACCCACGCGCACUGCCGUGUGAUGGGGUCCCAUGGGUGACCUGCCCACCGUCCCACCCGUGCCCCGCCCCUCCUGCCCAGGACAGGCCAGGGCCUCCUCUCCCCCGGCCCAGCCCGCCUCUCCCUCCGCCUUCCGCGGAGCUGCCCGCACACCCCGCGGUGGACAUUGAGCCUCCGGUCCCCGGGGAGGGUGACGCUGCUCGCGGGGUCUUCUCGGACCUGCUUCUUAGGUUUAAAACAAAACAGGGAAAGAAAAAGCAAACUGUGCCCAUUGUA